UCUGUCCCGCGUCCUCCGACCCCGCGUGAGACCUAAUUCUCUGACGCAUCAUGGCGAACACAACUGAAAACAUUAUCUGCGGUGGUUUUGUGUUUUUCAACGACUUUGACUCGGCUAACCUGGCCAAGGUGGAAGCGGUGAGAACACCGGAGACUUCUGAGAAAGCUGUUUAUGAGAUUGAGGGCAAAUCGACCAGCAAUUCAAAUUCCAAAGAUGGAUUGGAUUAUGAGUUCAACCUAUGGACCAAGCAUGAUUGUCAUGGUACACAAUUCCAAAAUAAUAACAGAACUUGGUAUUUUGGCGUCAGGUCUGGUCAUUCAAGUGUUUCGGUCAGGUUCAAUAUAGUUAAUUUAAACAAACAAGUGAAGAUGUUCAGCCAAGGGAUGUGUCCAGUUUUUAAGAUUGUACCAGGACAUUUGCACUGGGAACGGAUUCGUGAAAGACCCACAUAUACUCUCGAUCAGAAAGGGAACGACUUUACUUUAUCGUUCCUCUAUUACACUCCAGAAAAUUCGAAAGCUAUCACUUAUUUUGCCUUUACCUAUCCAUUUUCAUAUACAGACCUACAAAAUUAUUUGAAAAGAAUUGAUAUGAGAAUGGAAAAAAGGAGUGUAGUGUGUAUGGAUGAUAUCUAUUAUCAUAGAGAAUGUGCAAUAAAAUCAAUAGAGGAUCGUAGAUUGGAUAUAUUGACAAUAAGCUCCUAUCAUAACAUAUCGAUGGAGAGAGAAGAUAGACUGAAUAAUAUGUUUCCUGAGAUGAAUGAAGAAAGACCUUACAAAUUUCGAGAUAAGAAGGUAAUUUUUAUUAGUGCUAGAGUCCAUCCAGGUGAAACACCAUCUAGUUUUGUUCUGAAUGGUUUUCUGAACUUUUUAUUGAAUCGAGAAGAUCAAAUUGCUAUAAAUUUACGUCGCCUAUAUGUGUUCAAAUUGAUACCGAUGCUCAAUCCAGAUGGAGUUGCCAGAGGUCAUUAUCGAAUGGACACUAAAGGAGUGAAUUUGAAUAGAGUUUAUUUAAAUCCUUCUGAAGUAGAUCAUCCUACGAUAUACGCUGCAAGGAACUUAAUAAAAUAUUAUCAUAAUUCUUAUCAGCUAUCGAAUGAACUAACUGACGACUUAUCGAAUAUAAAUUUAGAAAUUGUGGACAGCAACAUAAGCAUUAUAAAUUCGACCGCUUCGAUAGCAAACGCUGUACGUGACACAACUACAAGACUGUUGCAACAAGUAACAUUUAUGUCAUUAGAUGAGAAGAACAUCUAUGCUCUGAAUACUGAUAAAAAACAUUUAUUAACAUUAGAGCAUUUGAACAGCGCAACUAUUGAUGAAAGUGAGGAGCUUUCUAAAGAAAGUGAUAGAAGUGAUAACGCCACAAAAGUAAGAACAAGUGACAAAUCAAUUUGUACAGCCAUAGACGAAACAUCAAAAUCCUCAGAUGAUAUAACGUCUGGGUUGUAUUUGUAUAUUGAUCUACACGGCCAUGCUUCAAAAAAAGGCGUUUUCAUGUAUGGAAAUCAUUUUACGGAUCCAGAAGAUACUAUCGCAUGUAUGUUGCUACCCAAGUUGAUGUCUAUCAAUAAUCCACACUUUCAUUUCACAUCGUGCAAUUUCGCAGAACGAAACAUGUACAUUAUAGAUAAACGGGAUGGUAUGUCCAGAGAAGGCUCAGGACGUGUGGCAGUAUACAAAAUGACUGGUUUAACACGCAGUUAUACUUUGGAAUGCAAUUACAACUCUGGUCGUUUAGUGAAUAUUAUGCCCGCUAGAAUUCGCGAUGGGAUAAAUAAAACCAUGAAUCACAUGUUUGUUCCUCCAAAAUAUACGCCGGCAGUAUUUGAAGCAGUUGGAGCAGCAUUAGGUCCUUCCAUUCUCGAUCUCACUGGGAACAAUCCCAACAGUCGAUUGCCAAAUAGCCAAUACCGUUCUCUAAGAGGAGUAAAAUCUCAUUUGAAACUAACGUAUGUGAGCAAUCUCUCAGCCUCGCCCAGCAAAUCAGUACGUAAGGAUAACGAAGGUGCCGCCGCGCGGAACAGCUGCAUCCUGAAGGAAUUAGAAACGAGAUUAAGUGACGUGGUGACAGGUGCAAGGAACGCGAUAAGGAAUGAGGGCAGCUUGGUGAAGAAGUGCAUCCUUCGUCGCGGUGCUUCUCUUUACACGGCAGUAAAAAGAAUCAAGAGCAGUAAGAAGCCCCGGCAAACGCUUGCGCGUCGCGCGUUGAAGAGCCACUGCGCCGGCAACGUGGAGAACAGCGCGAUAAUCUGCGCGAUUAAAUCCGAGGUAGAGACAAAGCCGUUCCUAAAGGUGGUCGAUCACUAUCGAUCGAACAGGUCUUACGCGGGAUCAGCGAUCGGCGAUGUCCUCGAGCCGUGUUUAAGCGCGUGCACGAACAAGAAGCUGACGGCGACCAGCAGUUCGACAAAGACACGCGUUUCUUCCGAGGAAACAGCAGCGGUAAGACACGGCGCGAAGAGACUAAAAAUUCUCUCGACGAGGACAUUCAAGCCCCUUCCCGAGGUCGGAGAGCAUUCCUGCGCCGCAGAAAAGAGCGGUGCGAAAGCUUCCUCGAGAAUAUUGCGAGUUUACGAUAAACAGGGUAUUAAAGGAGCUCAUGAUAGGACCAGGAUUCUUGCGCAUAUAAAACCAAGCGUAUCUCCGAAACUGAAAGAAUUAAAGACUGUUGUUAAGGAGAGUUCUGUACUAGACAGCACGAGGCAGAAUCCUAAAUGAGCUCAGAUUAGAAAUUACUAAAUCGAGAAACACAGAAAAUCGAUAUUGCUACUGAUUUAUUGCUACUCUCUUUUCGGAAAGAUUUUUUUUGCAUAUUGUAGCAUACAUAGGAUGGCCAGUAAGCCGUGAUAUAAUAAGUAAUAUAAUAACGUAUGACAAAUUUUGUACGUCUUGCAAUAUGUGAGAUAUUAAAUCCUUUUCCUUGUAUUGUACUCGAUGCAACAUGAUGUGAUAUAUUGUGUGUAUUGUAUCGUAUACAUUGUUACUGAUUUUUCACCAAGUUACAUUGCUCUUCAAUCGAGAAGGCAAAAUUUAAGUCAUAAAAAAUGUAUAUAAUUACGUUAUUAUAUAUUGUUAUAUGUUAGAUUCAUAUACAAAAUACUGUUCAAUUCUCGAUUAAUAGUCAUAUUUAUUAUUUAUAUAAAAUCCGAUAUUAAUCUUUGCAAUUAACGCGAUUAUCUUUGAUAGUUGAUUUCAAUAAGAUAUAUUUCUAGCUAAAGUUAUUAUAUUUUUAUUUUAAUGGAAAUAUAUUUUCUUUUAGAUUUAUGUUCUUCUAAAUGACAGUUUCAAAGAUAAUUGCCUAAAGAAAUAUGUAAAUGUUCUAUAUCCGUAAGAUUAGUUUUCUGUGUCAUAUGAAUAUAAAUAAUAAUUUUUUUGUUUUU